GUUUAUUAACUAACAAAGUUAUGAAUAAAUUUUGACAUAAAAUAAUUACAACAAUAUACAAAACAUGAAUAAAUAUUAUUUUACGAUAUGUUAUUUUCAAUUAAUAUUUGCAUUUGUAAUAUUUGGGGUACCAGUUGAGGAGGAUAUUAAUGAUUUGCGUAUUAAAUAUGGUAACAAAGCAACACAUCCUUAUUCAUUUUUGGCAUCAUUAAACGUUGAUGGCAGUUUAUGCGGUGGUUCGUUAAUUGAACCUCAAUGGGUGUUAACUGCAGCUCAUUGCUUAAGAAAAUUGAAAAAGAAUGCAAGAGUAACUGCCCAUUUUAAUAGUACAUCAAUUUUUGGUGGUAAAAGUAGGGUCGUUGAGAAAAUCAUUCCACAUCCAAAGUAUAAUUCAGCUAAAGAUUUAACACAUUAUGAUAUUGGAUUACUAAAAUUAGCAUAUCCAGUGGAUGAAACCAUUGCAAAACCAAUCCAACUGGCAAGUGGUGACGAAAAUACGUCAUAUGGUGGAAUUGAUGCUAUGAUUAUAGGUUGGGGCGCAACUGAAUUAGGUUCAAUAACAGCAUCAUUACGGGAAGCUCCUGUACAUACCAUUGAUAAUGAUCAAUGCACGUGGAAAGCAAUAUCAAAUCAUCAAAUAUGUGCAAAUAUACCUGAUAAAAGUCCAACAACAUGUACUGGAGACAGUGGUGGACCAGUGGUUCGACAAAAUGAUCAUGGUAAAUGGGAACAAAUUGGAAUUGUAAGUUAUAGUCAAUCAGGCUUUGGUGAUCGUAAAUGUAAUACUUAUAAUAUGUAUACAAAAGUUAGCGCUUACGGAAAAUGGAUUCAAGAUACCAUUAAUGAAAAUUUAUAAAAAAUCCAUGUAUUUUAUUUAUGAUCGAAAU